AAUGAGCGCGCGGUUUUCUUCAGUCGCUCAAUGAACAUCGGCAAUGGCAACAACGGCUAGGACAGCGGAGUCGAGUUCGGAACCAGAAAAUACUCAAAUUCGCGUUACAUUCGAUGAUGCCAUCUCGGCAGCAAAAUUCGGUAGAUUCAAUUACUGGCUGAUUUUGAUUUCGGCUGUGAUCUUGACUGCUGCCCUGCUAGAAUCCAUCGGGAUCAGCUACGUGAUUGCUGUCCUGGACUGCGACCUGCAGCUUACCACCAAAGACAAGGGAGUUCUGAGCGCUGUUACCUAUGUCGGCAUUAUUAUCAGUUCCCACAUGUGGGGCUUUCUGGCGGACACUCAGGGACGGCGAAAGGUUAUGAUACCAACCCUGCUGAUGGCCGCCACCAGUACGAUCAUUUCGAGUUUCAUGCCGAACUUCUGGUCCAUCACCUUUUUUCGAUUGCUGACGGGAAUUUUCGUAUCCGGCUCAUCGGCAACGAUCUAUGCCUAUCUGGGAGAGUUCCACAGCCGCCAGAAUGGUUCCCGAGCCAUUAUGGCAGCCUCGUUCAUUUUUAGUGUACACCUUUUGCUGAUACCGGUUGUUGCUUUUUUAACGAUAAACCGUGAAUGGAGCCUAGAGACGCCUUUCUUCGGCGUCGUUUACUGCCCUUGGCGCCUGUUUGUAGCCAUUUGUUCGAUUCCUAGCUUGGUCGGUGCACUGGCCCUGUCCCGGAUGCCGGAAAGCCCGAAGUUUGUCUCCGAUCAAGGCGAUGAAAAGACUGCAUUAGCUAUCAUUCACCGUAUUCAUCGUAUCAACUCUAGAUCCAAAGAAAAGCCAUUGGCGUUCCAACACAUUUUGCCGGACUCGGAAAGCGGCGCUCAAAAACUCCGGCUUUCGAAAGGUCAAGGCAUUCGAGGCCUCUCGAAACUAAUAUGGGAACAAACUGCACCACUUUUCAGACAGCAGUUUUUGAGGAAAACCGCCUUCGUUUGCGUCAUCCAAUUCGGGACGUUCUACAUUGCCCAUGGUACGUUCAUGUUCUUCCCAACGAUUCUGGACGCUUUAGUCCGAUCGAAAGAUGCAGGUGUGCAGAAUUCGACCAUUUGUGAGGUAUACUAUAGCUCCACGUCGAAUUCCUCGACCGUAACUCAAGAGUGCAGCGCCAUGCUGGAAACGCAAACCUACGGCUGGGGGUUCGUGCUGGAAAUCGUCUACGCCAUCGGGUUCAUAAUAAUCGGUGCGAUCAUUAGCCGCAUCAAGCGAUCUUUGAUUUUGGCCUUCGUUUGCAUUUGCUGUGGAGCUGCCGCCAUAGCUUUGGUCCAAACGAACAACGCUGCCCUGAAUAUAGCCCUGUACAUGCUCACCGUAAUGUGCGGAUACAAUGUCAGCGUAGUCAGCUCCAUAACGGUUGAUUUCUUCCCAACGCAUCUAAGGGCAAUGGCCGUAUGCAUAUCGAUGAUGUUCGGUCGACUUGGGUGCGUUGUUGGAGCUAACGUCACCGGUGCUUUGUUGGAUCACAACUGCGAGCUGACUUUCGGCCUUUCCGGUAGCAUUUUGCUAGCGUGUGCAGUGUUUUCGCUAUUUAUGCCGAAGAUUGCGAAGCAACUGCGGCCAACGAAUGAUAUCACUGAACAGUCCUAAUGGAUUGUGUCGUAGAUACGUUAGGUGUGAGUUCCUCCGUUAAGCACCGAACCACCAAUACCACAAUAUACUCGAGAUACUUAAUUGAAUGAGCUGUACUUACAGUAAGUCGCAAAAACCAGUCUACAUAUUAGUCAAUUCACUCAUUCGGACAGGAAGCUUAA